AUGUCGUAUGCGCCGUCCCAUGGCUAUGGAGCUUACUACAAUGUGGACCAGCAGCAGGCCUCCUAUUCAUCUGAACGACAAGCGCAACCUAAUAACUAUGCUCCGUCUACAUAUGCGAACGAACGCCCUUCGCAGCAUACGCCCUCUGCCUACGACUUCCACGGUCAGCCACAGUCCAGCUAUGGGGGCGCCAACCAGCAGUCAUAUGGAAACGAAGCGUGGAGAGACAGCCACAUGCAGCAGGGUCAGUAUGACUACAGACGAGAAACCUCCGGCUACACCUCGCAGAGUGCUGCAAACAACGAUAGCUACAACUCCAACAAUACCUCGGGGAGGGCUUCGAACCUGCAAGGCCUGAACAACCUAGUAUAUGCCUCAGGCUUGGACAGCGCCCCAUCUAGCAGCAAACAACCAGCAGCUUCGGGGUCGUUUGGGUAUGUUGGAGGUACGGGUGGCAGCUCUAUUGCUCGUAUGCAGUCGCCAAUGCAUAAUUUCCAGCAGCCACAACAGCACCAAUGCUCGACAAAUCCUCCGGCCACGACCGCCCCAACCACCUCGCAGCAGGCGUCCGUCGUAGAGGCACUGGCUGGUGCUAUGAGCCGAAGGAACCAGCAGAACACCGCCAUGCAGACGCAGGCACCUCAGUCUUCUGCCUCAUCAUACGCGCCAGCCCAGAGCCAUGGACGUGCUUCAUCUGCACAGUUGCGCCCCGCAACUUCAAGUCCCAAUUCGUCAAAGCAACGUGCGCCGGCGGAAAGCACGAGCAGCACCCAGAGAUCCAAAGCUAACCAGCCAUCUGCAGCUUCUCAGUCCAACAGCAUCUCAAAUCUGGUGGCAUCGAACAAGGAACCUGUGCCAACAUCAGAGGCCGCAGCUCAAGACACUAUGCCCACGUAUAUUGACCCAAGCCAAGUCUUCAACCCAUAUCAUAGGGAGCAUGAGCGAAAACGGAAAGAAGCCGCGGAAGCAGAGAUGCGUAGGUUAGAAGAGGAAGCACGGCGAAGUGAAGAAGAGGAAAGGAAAAGGGUCCAAGAUGAAGCACGACUGAAAGAAGAAGAAGAAGCAAGGAAGAGGCUCGCGGAGGAGACGGUGGCAAAAGCGGCGGCCGCCGCCGCAGAGGCAGCGAAAACGAAGGCAGUGCAACAAAAGACUGAAAAGAUCAAGAGAACGCCAAAGCCGAAGAAGCCACAAGCGGAUGCGGCUGCCGCGGCUUCGACUUCGCCACCAGCUGCCGAUGACAUGGCGCUCCAGAUGAAGCACAUGAUGGACAAAAUGAAGGAAUUCCGGCAACAAGAUCCUGCCAUGUUCCAGAAGCUUUGGGACGAUAUGAGAAAGGGAGGCGGCAACACGGCUACUAGUGCGCCGAACAAUGUUGCUUCGUCAGCCUCGCCUCAAAUGGCCCCUCAGAGUGUACCUCUGGCCCCUCCUCAGGUGCCAGCUCAGGCUCAGCCUAGACCUCAAGCCACACAAUUAACGCCGCAAGGGAUGUCAGGGAGCUCUACUGAGUCUUCCGAACCCUCCUCAUCCAAGAAACGAGAACGCAGACUUCCUCCUCAACAUCCUCCUGGAGUCGAUCUCAGUGUUCCUCUAAAUGGCUGGAAGGUUGUCGUGGAUAAUAACGACAAAGGACUACCAGAUCUAGGACGUUUUCCGGCCGAACGACGAAUACGAAAUCCCUAUCAGGUGAAUCCCAAGAAUAAUGCCGCCCCAGUCGAGAGCACUCCCAAAGCACCCGCCCCCACUGGGCCUGUCCCCAAUCAGCCAUUACCUGCCAAAAGUGAUGGAGGGGGUGUCGAGUGGCCGAAAGACAAACGAGAGGCGUUGGCAAAAGCUGCUGUCGAAGCUCUGAAAGCUGAUAAGGCCAAUGAUUCGGUUGAGAUCUCUGCCGAGGAAGUUACCGCUAUGCUUGACCAGAAUCCGAACUACAUCGACCUGUGCGGUUUGCUCGAGAAGAGGGGCCUCACGUUUCAACGUGGGCAGUUCGCGCGACAGCUUCUGGCCAGCGUUCCUGAUCUUACGAAGGCACAGAAGCAAGAGCCACCGCACGCUGUCACCAACAUUCCUCCCCCGCAUAUGCAGACAUCUGCGAUGAACGCCUUCCAGCACCCUCCGCCGAUCAUGACCCAGCCACCACAUCCCCCACCCAUAAUGAACCAUUCUCAACAUGCUGUCCCGCCGCACAUGCAAGCCCCACAACCUCCAGGCCAUCCUGUGCAGCAUUAUCAUCCGAUGGGUUCUGCAGGUCCGACCGGGCAUGCACCAACACCGUUGCCCAUUGGAGCGUCACCGCAGGGCAUGCUGUUUCCGCAAGCAGGGUUUCAAGCCCAUUUCUCUUCACCAUACGUGAAACCCGAGGUGAGAAGAAGCCACAAGCGCCAGUCUCUGCCACCCGCUAGGCCAGAGCCACCUCCGGGAUCCAAAGAGGCAUUGGCACGGAAGCGUAACUUCUCCGAGCUUGUGGAUCUUACGCAGCUGAGCGAUAACGAGAACUACGUUUUAUCGAGCAAUGCGCGUGGGAACAGUGCAUCACCAGAACCCGACAUUCUUCGUCAAUUCCAGAUGAGUGGCGAUUCGAGACAGCAACCAGUCAACGCCGCUCCUCAAGUGGCCUUCUUACCAGGCCCUCGCAGCUUGAUGUACCCGGCACCCCGUGCACAUGCUGCUCAACCCCAUCCUCCACAGGCACCAAAAAAGCCGAAACCGAUUUUGGCCAGAGCGGUCAACAUGAACGAGGCAUUGACGAAAGAGUGGUACGACCCGAAAACCGUGGCGAGAGACAUCAUGAUCGCUGCGGGGCGCCAUCCAACUGAGAGGCCACUCAACGCACACAUGGCUGGCCUGUUAGGCAGUCAUAUUGAGCUUGACUCGGACUUGACUACGUUCGACUGGGACGCCAUCGAUCCAGGCGGACCUCCUGUACCGAAGGUCGAUGUCGUUGACAUUCCAGCUGGACCUCCACGCUAUCGAUUUGGCGAGAAAGUGCACAAGCGACGUGAGCGCGCCGAGCGCAAGGCUCUAGCAGAAGCGAGCUCGGCAAGCUCAGAACCACGCUUGGCCGAAACAAGCAAGGUCGAUUCAGGCGACGCGACCGCCGAGAUCCCCGCGUCUCCGGUACCUGCGCCUGCGCACAUCACUUCCCCCGCUCUUUUCGCCCGCCUCAACUCGGGUAAAAACAAACGCUUCCAGGACAGCGAUCAUAGUCAAGCUCGGCCAUCAAAGCUGCGCGAUUCGCUCAAGAGUACACCUGAGAGCAGCGCUACUCCAGGCAAGCGUAAAGCAAGUGUCGAUCCCGAUGGUGCACCUGCUCCUCACGCUGCACCCGCAAUUGCAACGCUCAAGCCCGGCCGUCCCCGUUCACGCGCAUCCGAUAUGAGUGACGCGAAUCGUUCGACACCGACCUUCGCUUCCGGGAAACGUCGUGGCCGCCCACCUGGAUCUAAGAACAAGCAAUCCAGCCUCACCGCCUUGCGCCAGACCGCGCGAACGUCUCUCAGCAAUCCUCAGGUUGAGAUCCCCAGCAAGUCCGCCUCGCCUCAGACUCAACCAGUCUAUAAGUGCAAAUGGAUGCGCUGCAAAGCGGAACUGCACAACCUGGGCACUUUGCGGAAACACAUUCGCAAGAAGCACUAUCCUGAAGAAGACGAGCUGGGCGAGCAGCUACCUUUCGAAUGCUGGUGGAAGAGAUGUCCCGAGAAAGACUCUGAUGGUCACUAUCACCCAAAGGAGGCCUUCGACAAUGUGGACGAUUGGAUCGAGCACAUCAACGAAACCCACCUGCAUGAGAUGGCCAUGAAGUUGGGUGACGGACCCAGCACCUCCCCAGUUGGUAAGCCAGACACACAUCCCCAUAAACGCCGCAAAUUAGCUUCAUCCCCUGAAGUUGACAGGCACGGUGCAUUGAUAUCCUCGUACUUUCCUAUCCCGCUGCAAGCACAAUCACUAGAACAAUCUCUUACAGAUCCGCAGGCCCUUGAAGCCGCGAAGACACGAUUCCUUUCCGAUGCCGGUGGACGCGCUACUACACCCGCGCUUUCUAUCGACAAGAACGACGAUCUUCCCUCUGACACAUGGAUCAUAACCUCCACCGUACCACGUAAAGCCGGCCGCAGCAAUAGCAUGGGCAUGGAGUCAGCCAAUGGCGCCGAGGUCGAUGCCAAUGUGCAGGCACAAAGGGCAUUUUUGAAAGCUCAUCGACAGAGAGGUGAGCGGGGCGCCCUCGGAUUGAAGAUUGAGGCCGAGGAGACACUCAAAGCAAUGGAGAAGAGGAAGAAGGACAUCGGUGUUGGCCUCGAUCGAGGCGGAUGUACCUUGGUGAACGAGGCCAGAAGAAGCGCGUUUCUCAUGGAACCAGGCAUAAGGCGAGAGGUGGAUGCCGAUUACUGA